CGGCCCCCGCGACUCUGGCCCGCAAGCGCUCCCUGCCUCCCCGAGACCGCAGACGCCGGCGGCGGCCGCCUCGGGCCCUGGCCAUGGAGAACAUCGUGGCCAACACGCUGCUGCUGAAGGCGCGCCAAGGAGGAUAUGGCAAAAAAACUGGUCGCAGCAAAAAAUGGAGGGAAUUACUGAAGCUGCCCCCUGUAAGCCAGUGCAGUGAGCUGAGAGAUUCCAUUGAAAAAGAUUAUAGCAGUCUCUGUGACAAGCAGCCAAUAGGAAGACUUCUCUUCAGGCAAUUCUGUGAUGCAAAACCAGAUCUUAAGAGUUGCAUUGAAUUCUUGGUUGCAGUGACAGAGUAUGAAGUUGCCAUUGAGGAGGAACGAAGAGACUGUGGACUAUCAAUCUUAGAGAGAUUCUUCAAUGAUGAGAAGAAAGAAGCCCUUUUACCAGAAAUACCUCCAGAUAUUGUGAGGCACUGUAGAUGGAGUCUGAAACAGAACCCCUCCAAAGAUGUCUUUGAGGAAUGCACUAGAGUUGUCCAUAACUAUUUGAGUAAAGAUCCAUUUGAAGAAUAUCAAGAAAGCCCUUAUUUUUCCCAAUUUCUGCAAUGGAAGUGGCUAGAAAGGCAACCAGUAACUAAGAAGACGUUUAGACAUUACAGAGUUCUAGGAAAAGGUGGAUUUGGAGAGGUUUGUGCCUGUCAGGUACGAGCUACAGGAAAAAUGUAUGCCUGCAAAAAGCUAGAAAAAAAAAGAAUAAAAAAGAGGAAAGGUGAAGCUAUGGCUCUGAAUGAAAAAAGAAUCCUAGAAAAAGUGCACAGUCGAUUUGUAGUUGGUUUAGCCUACACUUACGAAACCAGAGAUACCUUGUGUUUGGUGCUAACCAUCAUGAAUGGAGGGGAUCUGAAAUUCCACAUUUACAACCUGGGAAGUCCUGGCUUUGAUGAGCAAAGAGCUGUUUUCUAUGCUGCAGAGGUGUGCUGUGGCUUGGAAGAUUUACAGAAGGAAAGAAUUGUGUACAGAGACCUAAAGCCAGAGAACAUCCUCCUGGAUGACCAUGGACACAUCCGGAUUUCAGAUCUUGGUUUAGCCUUGCAGAUCCCAGAAGGGGAGAUGGUUCGAGGAAGAGCUGGAACUGUUGGCUACAUGGCUCCGGAAGUUAUCAAUAACGAAAAGUACACAUUUAGUCCUGAUUGGUGGGGACUUGGCUGUCUGAUAUAUGAAAUGAUUCAGGGACAUUCUCCAUUCAGAAAAUUCAAAGAGAAAGUCAAACGGGAAGAGGUUGACCGAAGAGUGAAGAGGGAUCCUGAACAGUACUCCGCCAAGUUUUCCGAGGACACCAAAUCCAUUUGCAGGAUGCUACUCACCAAGAAUCCAAGUGAGCGGCUGGGCUGCAGGGGCGAGGGGGCUGCAGGAGUGAAGCAGCACCCGGUGUUCAAGAACAUCAGCUUCAGCCGACUGGAGGCAAACAUGUUGGACCCGCCUUUCUGCCCCGAUCCUCAUGCCAUUUAUUGUAAGGAUGUCGUGGAUAUUGGGCGGUUCUCUGCAGUGAAAGGAGUCUACCUGGACACCACAGAUGACAGCUUCUACGCUCAAUUUGUUACUGGGUGUGUCUCCAUCCCCUGGCAGACUGAGAUCAUCGAAUCUGGAUGCUUUAGGGAUAUCAACGAAAGUGAAAAUGAGGGAAGUUUGUCAUUGGAUCUGAAAGCAAAGGAAUGUCCUCCAGCUCUCAGACGAAAAAGAAAUUUCUUCUAUAGAGUCUUCAGUGGAGGGGGCUGCCUGGGCACCAGCCCCAGUGAGAAGGAAGGGGAAUCAACACUUUGACCACUCACCAUGCAGACUGCAGAGCCAGACCUGGUGCCAUGAAGGAGCACGUGCUCAGUGUCCCAUCCCCUCCAUAAAUUGUAAUAAACACAAUCUAUGAUGAAGCUUAAA